AUGAGUGAUCCUGCCCCGACUUUCGAUAUUCCCAAGGAAUGCUGGGGUGGUGUUGUGAAAAAUGAGGGCCCGGACUUCUACGUCGAGGUAGAGAAGGUGCCUGUGCCUGAAAUCGGUCCAAAUGACGUUCUGAUCAAACUCAAUGCCACCGGUCUCUGCCUCAGCGACAUUCACUUUAUGCUGAACGACUGGAAUCUUCCCAAGAUGUCUGAAUUGGGAGUACGAUGUGCCGGGCACGAAGGCGCUGGAGUUAUUGUCAAGGUUGGCGAGAAUGUCAAGGCAUACAAGGUUGGCCAGCGAGCGGGGUACAAGCCAAUUCAAGAUGUCUGCCAUUCCUGCGAAUACUGUAAAACCGGCAGGGAGACAUACUGCGCAAAAGCCGUCUUCACAGGCGGCGCGUGUGAUGGGUCAUACAAGCAAUAUGUGGUUUCGCCAGAGAAUUACACUACUCUCAUUCCUGAUGGAGUAUCCGACUACGUCGCCGGCCCCGUGAUGUGCUCGGCGUCUACGAUUUACUCGUCGCUCAAGGAAUCAGAUCUUAGACCCGGUCAAUGGGCAGUCUUCCCCGGUGGCGGUGGAGGUGUUGGGAUCCAGGGCGUUCAACUAGCUUCUGCAAUGGGUAUCCGACCAAUCGUGGUGGACACUGGAGACGAGAGGAGAAAACUCGCCCUGAACAUGGGGGCUGAACAUUUCGUCGACUUCAAGGAGGAAGACCCCGUGAAGAAAGUCCUCGAAAUAACCGAAGGAGGAGCUCAUGGCGUUAUUGUGACCGCUGUACAAUCAUAUCCUAUUGCGCUUGACUAUCUCGGUGCUCGAGGAGGUGGACAAAUCAUGUGCAUUGGCAUUCCCCCGCACGGCAAGUACCACAUCGACCUUGAUCCAUCAAGGCUGGUUUUUCGGAAUCAGUCCAUCAAAGGAACGCUGGUCGCCAGUUUGGCCGAUAUCGACGAGACACUAGACUUUGCCAGACGAGGGAAGCUCCGUCUCGAGCCGACCGUGGUCGGGUUGAGCAAGUUCAAUGAAUCGGUCCAGAAGCUCAAGAAUGGGCAAGUAGCUGGGUAA